AUGAAAUCCUUGCUUCUCCUUCCACUGGCGCUGGGAGCAGCCUCGUCUGCUAAGUCCAAGCCACCCAAGGACCAAUGUCGGUUUGCCCAAGACUGGACGCAAGACCAGAUCCUCGCAGACACGGACAGGUUCACGGCCCAGAUGCUUCACUGGGAGGGCAAAUUCCAUCAGCCUGAUGUUGCUUACAAUGGCGGCAAUGGAGUGUCUUAUGACGGUUCCAUCUUGGAUUGGCACUCUGGCGAGGCCAUCUCUACGAAGCCGUUCAGCGCAGCAAGUAAGGAGGCACUACAGAUCAUGCUGUAUGCGCGCGCGGUUGAGGGAUCGCGCGACGCGGCCCAGUUCUUGAGUUCUCGUCACCCCGAGAGAGCCCCCAAGAUCGCCCUUGAUCUCAUGCAAAAGAAGCUCGAGACAUACCUCAAGUUCAACGAGACGCAUCCUGGGUUCGGCGGCGCCAUCCCAUGGUUCAAAGCCGACGUCCAGGAUAUUGUACCCCAGCCUGACUGGGUGAAUCGGGUACCAGCUCUGGACAACGGCGAGCUUUGGUGGGCCGUGUACGCUUGGAUUCAAGCGCUCGAGAAGACGAACAAGAAGGAGUACGCGAAGCAGGCCGAGCGCUGGCAGGUGUGGCUCGAUUUCCUUACUCCCAACAUGCUGGAGAUCUUUUACAGAGGCAAUGGAUCGAUAUGCGCCGUCACCACGAUCGGCGACCAGUUCCUGCCGGUCAACCACCCUGAUCAGAGUUACGAAUGCGAGGGCGAAGGAAGGCUCAACGACCCUUACGAGGGAGAGCUCGUGGCUUUCUUCUUCCAUCUUUUCGGUGACCUCUCUGAAUCCGAGGAGGAUGCCCUGUGGGAAGUCAAGAGACCCCAGCUCGUCAAAGACGAGUAUCAUGAGGGCAAUGUCGGUCCCAUCACUGUCGAGAGGGGUUUCUGGUUCUCUGGCCACGAACCAUGGAAGGUCCUCGAGCUCCCUUACUACGACGUCGAAAUCAUCCGGCGCCUGUAUCACAAUCACGAGCGCGUCCGUACGUGCAACUCGAUCUUCACCGAGAACCCGGGUCUGCUCGCUUCUGUGAACAAUAUCACCGAUUCCGAGACCAACGAAGUUCUCGGGUACAUUUCACCAGCAGGUAUCCCCUCGAUUGCGAACCAGACAGAGCAAUAUCUCGAAGUCGUGACCCCUUAUGCCGCUUGGCCAGUCAUUAUGUUUGACAGGGCCGUCGGCCUGGCGUGGUGGCAUAACAUGGUGUCCGGGAAGAAGAUGCAGAACCAGUACGGCAGCACAGAAUCCACCCGCAUCGACGGCGAGGGUGUCUCUGGGAUCUUAACGUGGGACAGCAAGGUGCUCACCGUCGUAUCCGUUCUUGGUGGCGUCAAGGACCUUGUGCGUGACAAGCUGAAGCAGGAUGGCAUUUACCACGAGUUCAUCCGCAUUGCAGAGCGCGAGUACUCAAUGGUUUUUGGCGACGAACUGAAGGGCGAGGAUGUUGAGUUGUGUCUGCCAUCCGUGCCAAUCACCGAUGCUGGGCUAAAGGACUUUACGUCAUGUGCUCGAAGCAUACAGUGA